GCGUGUCACGUGACCGCGAGUGGGACUAUCCUAUCGGGAAUCACCCGUCCAACUCGUGCAACUGCAGGAAUGUUAAUUACUGCUCACAGCAUGCUCAGCCAGCCGUAGCCUGCUCGAUGUGAUCAACCGCGGCAGCCAGGACACGUCUAGCAUGCUGGAAUAUCCCGAUCAAAGCGAUAUUAAUAACGCUGUCCGUUUGCAUAGCAGCAGCCCGCCACUUUACGGACAUUUAAACCGCGCUGCGAUAGAAAGUAAAAGAGAAAGGAAACAGCCAGCAAGGUGCGUCUGCAGCCAGGCAGAGGUCACCGAACCGGGGCAGAGCAAAGUUCACCGAGAAGGCGAGAGACAACCUCCAGGAAGUGGCCCAGGUGGCAGAGUGCGGAAGAGACGCGGUGCGGGAUAAUGCGGACUCGGUAAGCGGCUCUGCUCCGUACACUUGCCAUGGCUCAGCUGCCCGGAAUCAUCCGCAGGAGCUUCCGAAGGAAAUCCUCCAAAGAUUCCAACCAGGAGAUCUCUAACGGGGCAAAAGCGGCGCAUCCCCACCACGCUGCCACCGACCAACGGACUGCUGUGCUGAGCGGCGGCCAGAACUUCUUUGAGUACCUCGUGGUCGUAUCUCUUAAGAAGACAUCAGCAGGGGGUUAUGCGCCCCAGAUAACCUACCAGUUCCCAAAGAGAGAGAGCCUCCUAAGCUUCCAAAGAGAAGAAGAGGAGAGAUUACUGAAGGCCAUCCCAGUCUUCUGCUUCCCAGAAGGGAAUAAUUGGACUCCUCUUACGGAAUAUACCAGCGAGACCUUCUCGUUUGUCCUGACAAAUGUUGACAGCAGUAGAAAGUUUGGGUACUGCAGAAGACUCCUGCCCUCCGGGAAAGGUCCUAGACUUCCUGAAGUCUACUGCAUUAUUAGUUGUUUGGGCUGCUUUGGACUUUUUGCAAAAAUACUUGAUGAGGUGGAAAAAAGAAGACAGAUUGCCACAGCAGUUAUAUAUCCUUUCAUGCAGGGCCUGAGAGAGGCUACCUUCCCUGAACCAGGUAAAACCGUCAAGAUUAAGAGCUUUAUACCAGGAUCUGGGACUGAGAUGAUAGAACUCACAAGACCUUUAGAUUCUAGACUGGAACAUGUUGAUUUCAAAACCCUUUUGCAAUGUUUAAGUGCCAAGAAGAUAUUGCACAUUUUUGCUUCUGUUGUGCUAGAGAGGCGGAUUAUAUUUGUUGCAAAAGAUCUUAGUGUGUUAUCUCAGUGCAUUCAUGCUGUUGCAGCUCUGCUGUACCCUUUCACAUGGGAGCACACAUUCAUCCCAGUUCUCCCACCAGCUUUAAUAGACACUGUGUGCUGCCCAACACCUUUUAUUGUUGGGGUGCAGAAACAAUUCAUUGAUCUAAUCUGGGAUUUGCCCAUGGAAGAGGUUCUGGUAGUGGAUUUAUGUGAUGGAAAACUGCUAAGGACAGUUGGAGACGAGGAAGAACUCUUGCCAAGAAAACUAGAAGACCACAUGAUCACUUCACUUUUAGGCCAACAGCAGGUGCCACAGUCAUCAGAAGAGCUCAACAAGGGAAUUUCAGAGAUGUUCAUGGAGUUCUUCAUUAAAGUCAUAGGACACUAUUCCUCCCACUUUAAAACCGGGAAAGGGGGAGUGCGUGCAUUCCAGGAGAAGUCCUUCUUGAAAGCCAUGCCUUCCAAAAGCAUACGGAGAUUUCUCAAGCUUUUUGUAAGGACGCAAAUGUUCUCAAUUCUUAUUCAAGCAGCCGAAAAGACCACUGAAGUGCAAGAUGGUUAUUUUCACAGGAAAAUUCAGGAAUUCCAUGAACAUAAAAAAAUGAACAAAAAAUGAAGAACCAGGCAACAGAUGAAUGGGAGAGUCAAGAUUAGUCUUCCAUUACAUAGCACGCACUGAUGUUAAAGGCACAUUAAUUGGGUUGUAUGCAAAUGGUGUGAUUAAGCUUAAUUUUGGGGCAUGGCUGCAUAUAGACCCAAUGUCCAUUUCACAUAGAUUGCUAGUUUCAUAAAUUGUGAUGUGAAUAGGAA